AUGCCGAAGGAAAAGACCACUCGCAAGACGAAGUCUCGCGGUGUCGAGAAGAAGAAGAAGGACCCCAAUGCCCCCAAGCGUGGUCUCUCCGCUUAUAUGUUCUUCGCCAACGAGCAGCGUGAAGCCGUCCGUGAGCAGAACCCUGGCAUUUCCUUCGGCCAAGUUGGCAAGAUCCUGGGUGAGCGCUGGAAGGCUCUGAGCGACGAGGAGCGCCGUCCCUAUGAGGAAAAGGCCCAGGCCGACAAGAAGCGGUAUGAAGACGAAAAGGCCAGCUACAAUGUAGGCGAGACCCUUCCCGGUGGCCAAGCACAAGCCUUAUACUGA